AUGUCUACGGACAACUCGUGUUUAGCUCCUGAGCAGAUCUCGAAUGCAGUUUACGAGGAACCUUCGUCAUUGUCUGAAAAAAAAGCUAACAGAAGUCGAGAAAAAGCCAAACAAUGGACGUAUUAUAUUGAAACACUUAACCGAACAAUUGAUUGCAUCUAUGAAAUAUGUCACAAGGAGCAAACCGUUAAUGGAUGCAAAGAAGCGUUGAUGUAUCUUUCAAAUUCUGUUCGCGAUUUUGAAUCACUCAUCAAAACAAUUCAGCUGGAAGUUGGUUGGGAUGAAAAAAGCAAACGACAUGCAGUCGCUUGGGAAAUUCGAAAAGCAAUAUCACCUCCUGGAAAGACAAUUGUUGGAGGACCAGAUAAAAAGGGUGCUGGUACCCUUAUAAAUAUACUUAAACUAUCACCAGUUGUUGCGCAUGAGGCUGUACAGAGUGCGGAAAAGAAACUGAAAGCCAAUUUACCACAACCGGCGCAAUCUGUGGUAUCUUCAACUAUAACAACACUACAGCUCAACGAAGUAUCAGAUAAAGAGAAUCAUAAGAAAGGGGUUGAAUUAAAAGAAGACCAAGGUGAUGAUGGAUGGCGCUUAGUGACAACACGACAUAGGCGACGGAAGAGUAUUGAACCCGAUUCUGUCCCCACUAACAAUAAAGAAACGGAACACAGUAUUGCAAUGACGGCGUCUUCGAAAAGAACAUUUAUGAAUGUUUAUGAGCGUUUGUCAACUGGCAUCCUUCGACCUCCGAAUUUGUCGACUCGUACGCCAUUUCUUUCGGAAUCAGGUGGACGAGGCUUAAUGUAUCCUAGAUGUGCUAUGGAUCUACCGCAAACAAAAGCGUCUAUGGCAAAAGUAGCAUAUUGUCGGCAGUUACUAUGGAAAAAACAUCAAUUGGAUUUAGCAGAAAAGAUGGAGCGCAGACGUCGCCAAGAUUUGCAGAGCGCUCGCAAAACUGGUUCCGUCCCUGCUCUUUCGGCAAUUAAUUUCGCUGACCCAGAUGCUGUUUCACGUAGUGCUACAGCAUUUAAAAAUCGGAAGAAAGUAUUGAAAAAGAAUGGUGCUGCUGGAAUAGUGAAGGAACGAAGUACACCAGCAAAUUUUGAACGCAUAGAGGAAUUACCAUCGAAAAAUGAUGAAGAUCGCGAAAAUAUCCCAGCUGGUUUGGAGGGAUCGAUUGUCAUUCACUCCAGUUCAGAUUAUUUUACUCACAGCAGAUCUGAACCACCAUUAUCGGAAUUGGUGUUGCCUGAUGGUAUAGACAUAGACGAUGCAUGGAGAGCGAUGACAGAAGAAGAGGAAUCAUUGGUGCAAGAAGAAGAAAGUUUGAAAAAAGAAAUCGAAGAGGAAGAAAGUAUUUCUAUUGAUGAAGAGCUGGAACGACAAGUAGCUGCUGAAGCUGCAGCAUUGGAACAAUUGGAAACCGAGCAUAAAUGUGAGAAGACUGCUGAGGCAGAAUCAUGCAAUAACAAAAAAACUCCAAUGACAUGGCAAGAUGUCGUCAACAACUGGAAACGGGAAAUGGAGGAAUAUGCAUCGAUAAGUUGGGGCGAAAUCGUGGAACAAGAAAUCACUCGUUAUCGUAAGCCGGGAGAAUUUGUUGAAAGGCAUGAAAAAUUAUCUUCACCAAGCAGGAAAAGAAACACUGAAAAUACGACAGAACGACACAAGGAACGGCAAAGAAGAGCUGACGAAUUACGCCAAAUGUUGCAAAAGCAGAAAGCUGAGCGGCUGAAAGAACUGUCCAAUAAGGUGGAAGAAGUGAGACGGAAAAGAGCUGAAUUGAGUGAGCGAAAACUUGAGCACUUACAGAUGCGAAUGGCGAAGGCUGAAGAAAAUCGUCAGAAAAAUAUUGAAGAAAAAGUGAAAAAAGCACGCGACGAUGACGUCAAGGUUAUGGAGGUGCAGUUCAUCAAUACAAUAGGAGCAGAUAAUAUGCGACAUGAUGUUAUGAUUCGUAGCCAGGAAUGGGAACAGAGAGUACAGACGAUUGCGAACGAACGCGCUAGAAAAAAUGAGGAAAAAGCUGCUAAAGAAGCUGCAGCAGAAGAACGGCGAAAAAUCGCAGCAAAUCAAAGAAGACAAAAAAUGCGCGAAAAAUUCGAGAAGCAUGAGCUGUUCGAAGCGCAACGUAACGAACAGGAAAGGGAGAGAAGUGAAGCCGUUCGGGAAAGGAAUAAGCAGUUGAAUGAGCGAGUCGCGGAAAAGAAAGCAACGGAUGCUGUUGAAAAAAAAUUUGUGAUCUUCAUUUUUCAGCAGGAAGAAACACGUCGUCGUUAUGAAAAUACUCUGACACAAGUGAAACAUCGUGCUGUUGAACUAAGUAGUCCAAGACCGACGGAGUCAGUAACUUCUUUGGCUGACUUUACUCAGAUACCUUCAGAAACUCUGUAUGUUUCAAUGCUCGAAGGUGUGAGUGGUGGUGGGAGCUCGAAAAAAUGCAAACUUUGCGACACUCCGCUUGACAGUGACUUUUUCAUCAUAUCACAUUUUCUAAGCACUUCUCACCUAUCGAAGGCAAACAUUAACAUCAAAGAGCUAAAUUAUGAUUGUUUGAAAACACAAAUUGAUCAGAAUGCUGAAGAUGUUUGUGUCGAGGCAACCAGACAGCUUUCUUUAGGAGGCGAAAGUGAACUUUCGAAACAAAGUACAAGUACUAAGAAACGUCGGACCCGUCUUCGACAGAAGAUCCAGACAAGGGCUAAAGAGUACGAUAAGAUAAUUGGACAGAGUGAUUUAUCUGAUGCUUACCGAACUUCUUCCGGAAAGACGAGUAUUGAUCGGCCUCUUCGAGAUAUCGCAAAAGUGUUAAAAGCAACUUUGGGGGAGGAUGCAAUUAAAGAUCGCUGCAGUGGAUUGGUGAAGGAGUCAUUUCAAAAUAAAGUUUAUCCAAGCACUGAUUUGCAUAUCCUUGAGAGGUCAUUGUCCGAAAUUCUACGAGCAUUGCGAGCAUCCGAUACCCUGCAAAAACGUGAAAUGCUUUUGAAAGCAGUAGUUCAGAAUGAUUUUAUAGAUAUUUUGACGGCAUUGAUAUCUUGUGCAACUAAUGGUGACACAAUUAUACCUUCCAGAACAUAUUGUAAAGCUUUGUCCACCUUUGGAGAGCUUGUUACCAUCGAUAAAUUUAUUGCUUCAAAGUUCUUUUUCUCCAACCGCGUCUUUGCACUGUUAGAUGCAUAUUGCAUCAAGUCUAAAUCAAUGGUUUGGCGAUUUCUAAAAGAGUCGCACAUGCCGAUUAACGAUGGAUCUUACCGACUUUUAAUUGAAUGUGUUAUGUUGUGUUCGACGUUUUUACGUGUCAUGAGCUCUUUGUAUACAAAAGUCAAAGGGGAAAUUUCAAGUAGUGCAGUCGUAUUUGGCAUCACAGAUGAUGAUAUAUACGUAAAACAGCUACUGAGCUUAAUUAAUUUGGAUGGCUAUGGCGAUACUCUUUUGUUCCUGAUCAAACAGACAGGCGUGAUCGAUGCAUUACCUUGGUCAGUUCAACUUGAUUCUAACGCAGUUGCGAUACCUAUCAUGGUUUACACUGAUAUGAUUUUGGAAGUUGGUGAAAUACUUUAUCUGCUAGGAUGUAAAAAAAGAAGGAAUGAAGCAGAAGGAAUACUGUCUGAAAAAUCGUCACUAAUGACUAUUUUGAUUCCCGCGGCAAUUCAGCAGUUCGCAGUUCGAAUUUAUUCGAUAAUAUCGUCAAACUGCAAUUCAUCAGCUACAACAGCCAGAGUAUCUGUUAUAUCGAUAGGAAAUCAUCGUGAAGAAAUUGACGUUACUCAAUUGCUAACAACAUGUCUAUUCCAACUCUGGUUUUUUCUUUUAAAAAAAGAACCGUAUGAAGCGAUCAAAUGUCUCGAGGACAGUGAGCUUUGUUUACGAUUAAUGCACAUUACUAUGACAAUGGUGGCUCAAACUGAGAAAGUUAUUUUUGCAAAUACGGAUUCGUCAAAAUCGAAAGCUACGGAUCAGCGUAUUAAAAAUUUUCUUCAUUUUCUCAUUGAAGUUAUUGGUUAUUUUGCCACUGCUAGUGAACGUGCUAAAAUGUUUUGCGUAUUUGGCUGGCAGCGUUCAUUAUUAAUGCAGCUUGCUUCUCUACCAUUGGGAUAUUUUUCAAAUCGUGAACUAAUGGCAAUACUAAUACCAACUCUUAUUGCUAUAUGCUAUCAAAAUCCCAUGGCGAUCGAUUUAAUCAAACCAUCACUCAGUGCAGAAACUUUUGCGGUAUAUCUCGAAGCUGCUCAGGAUGAGCAAUUUCCUGAACCAGCACGGUUUCCAAGAAAGUUUUGGUCGGAUGCAAUAGAGUAUUUUAGAAGUUGUUAA